AUGUCUAACGAUACGAGUGAAGCCGCGGAAGGCUCUGACACGACAAACACGUUUGUGUCAGCGCUUAUUCUCAAUUUGGUCAUUUCAGUGGUCUGUUUAAUCAUAUUUUGUCUCUUAAGGCAGAAACAUCCAAAGAUUUACUCCCCAAGACAGCUUUUGGUGGAAAGCCCCGCUCCCGGAAAACGUUCGCAGUCCUUCUUUUCAUGGCUUUUUCCCGCGAUCUUCGUCAAGGACAAAGAGGUCUUUCAGUACGCGGGUAUCGAUGCGGUCGUCCACAUGCGGUUUUUGAAACUUUGCUUCAAAAUAUCGCUGGUGCUAUUGCCGUACGGCAUUAUAGUCCUUAUUCCCGUGAAUUAUUUUGGCGGAGAAGAUUUAGGCGGGCUCGAUAAACUAGCCCUCUCCAACAUUACGCCCAAGUCGCCAAAAGUGUGGGCUCAUGUGGUUGCCGCCUGGAUUUAUACAUUGGUGAUCUGUUACCUUUUGCACCAGGAGUGGAAAACAUUUAUCGUCUAUCGCCAGGAGUAUCUUAGCCAAGGGAGGGGCUAUCAAUAUGCUGUGCUAGUGAGAGAUUUGCCGCCAAAGGUA